CUUCUUCAAUCUUCUGUUGCUUCACUUCUAAGCGACACUUGUCUCUAUAUUCUCUCUCCACAUACACAUAAUUGGAUAUUUCUGUGUGUGUGUGUGUGUUUUCAGGUUAUCUUCUGAGCCGAGAAACUGAAGUGGGUAUGUUGUUGGAAUCCAUAAUUUUUGGCAAGUAUAAUAUUGUAUAACAGAGAUGAUGGGAAUGGGCAGUAAAGGGCAGAAUUCAGAAGAGCCCAACGAAGGUCAAGGCUUGAUAGAUUUGGUUUUUUCUUGGUCUCUUGCUGAUGUACUCAACAAAGAUCUUUACAAGGGCAAGGUUAAUCUAAUUCCAAUGACAUUUUCAUCGACAAAAGAUUACAUGAAGUCAUUUAUCUACCCGCUUAUUGAGGAAACACAUGCUGAUUUACUCUCAAGCAUAGAGAUGGUGGCCGGUGCACCUAUUCGUGAAAUAUUGACAGUUGAAACAACCAAAGGCUUUCCUAAAAUCUUGCGCUACAAUAUCAUAUUAGAAAGAAUGGAGGACACUGCAAAUAAUUAUGAAGGAAUGUAUGAGCCUGCGGUCGGAGAUCUCAUUGCCUUGACAGAGCUCAAACCCAAGUGUAUAGAUGAUCUUCAUAGGCCUAAAUCACCUUAUCUUGUUGCUUUAGUUACAGAGACGAAUGAUGAUUCUGAUUGUUUUUGGAUACAACAAGAAGAAAACAAACAAGAAGAAAACAAAGAUGAUUCUGAUAAACUUGAAAUUAAAGUUCUGUCGUCAAAUCUCAUCGUGUUUGAUGCAGAUGAACUAAAGGAUCAGAACAAAAAGAGAAAACUUUUUGCUGUUUAUCUUACAAACCUGAUUACUAAUCUUCGUAUAUGGACGGCAUUGAACUCAGAGGGGAACAUGAAAAUCAUUAAAAGAGUGCUCCAAACUGAUUCUACUAUUGGGACCAAUUGUAUUCACUGCUUGUCCCAAGAGAAUGACAGUGUUUCUCUAUCCAGUGUGAGGAAUGUCAUAAGCUCAUUUAAUCUGGACGAUUCCCAAAAGGCCGCUGUUCUAAGUUGUGUUGCUACAAGAGAAUGUCAUCAUCAAAAUACAGUCAAACUAAUAUGGGGUCCUCCUGGAACUGGGAAAACCAAGACAGUCGGUUCAUUGUUGUUUUCUCUAUUGAAGUUGAAAUGCAGAACACUAACCUGUGCCCCAACCAACAUUGCAGUGUUGGGAGUCACUGCACGGCUCAUGAGUUUGGUUUGGGAUGCACUCAAGUAUGAUACUUAUGGGUUGGGAGAUAUAGUAUUGUUUGGUAAUUGGAAGCGAAUGAAGAUCGAUGAACAUGAAGACCUUCUUGAUGUAUUUCUUGAUUACCGUGUUUUUAUGCUUCGCAAAGCUUUUGCUCCAGCGACUGGGUGGAACAAAAAUUUGGAAGCAAUGAUCUGUUUACUUGAAGGCCCCGAAGAGCAGUACCGUCUGUAUUUGGAAAAUUGGGAAAAAGAAAAUAAGAAAAAUGGUAAGGAGCCAGAGGAGACAAAUUUUGGAGAUAGGACCGCGAAAAGCAAUCAAGACGAAGAGGAUGAUAUUCAUGAUCAAGAAGAUUUGAAACCAAUUGAUGAAAGGGCAUUUUGGAGGAAGACAGUUAUUCAAAUCUUGAAGGAAAAUAGGAACAAGAAAAAACAGAAGAAAAAGGAGCCUUUUAAAAGAAAAAGCCAAUUGAAGAGUGAUAAAACAAAGGAGGAAAACAGAGGAGAAAGGGUGGAUAAGUGUGAAAAACUUAAGACAUUUGAGGAGUUCUUCAUGGAUAAAUUUAAAUCCAUUGGAAAUGGUCUCAUCUUUUUGAUUCCAAUCUUGUACACCCACAUGCCAACUUCUAUCAUUUCAUUGGAAGUAGUAAAAGAGAUGAUUAAAGCUCUUAAUCUGCUAAAAUCAUUUCGAACUUUGCUGCAUACUGACGUUGCUGCAAAUAAUUUUUUGAGAGAACUUAUUAAUGGAACUGUAGAUGUCGGAAACAGGAUUAAUGGAUUCAUGAAGUUGAGUUCUGUCAAGGCAGAGUGCCUUCAAUUACUCAAAUUCCUUCGCGAAACCUUUUCUGUUCUAAAUACUACUGCCAAAUAUGUAACUCGAAGGUUUUGCUUGCAAAAUGCGUGUUUGAUAUUCUGCACUGCUUCAAGCUCUACUAAGUUGUGUACAGAAGAAGAAGAAGAAGAAGAAGAAGAAGAAGAAAAAAAAAACCCACUGGAACUAUUGGUGAUUGAUGAAGCUGCUCAGCUAAAAGAAUGUGAAUCCACUAUUCCAUUACAGCUCUCUGGUAUCCGUCAUGCUAUACUCAUUGGCGAUGAACAACAACUUCCUGCAAUGGUUCAAAGCAAGAUCUGCCAGAAUGUUGAAUUUGGAAGAAGCUUAUUCGAGAGACUGGUGUUAUUAGGGCAUAAAAAACAUCUUCUUAGUAUCCAAUACAGAAUGCAUCCAUCAAUAAGCAUGUUUCCGAAUAGGGAAUUCUAUGACAAUAUGAUUUCUGAUGGUCCAAAUGUCAAAGAGGGAACCUACGAGAGGCUUUUUCUUCAAGGAAGUAUGUAUGGCUCUUAUUCCUUCAUAAAUGUAAGCUAUGGCCAAGAGGGCUUUGAUAACAGACAUAGCACGAAAAACAUGGUGGAGGUAGCUGUGGCCACCGAUAUUGUUGCAAGACUCUUUAAAGAAUCUAAGGCGUCAAAACAAAAGGUUAGGAUUGGUUGCAUAUCACCAUACAAGGCUCAAGUAUUUGCACUUGAACAAAAAUUUGGAAAAACGUACAACACAGAUGCAAACAGUGACUUUUCUGUAAGUGUUCGAUCUGUUGAUGGGUUUCAAGGUGGUGAGGAAGAUGUCAUAAUUAUCUCUACUGUGCGAUGCAAUGGGCGUGGAUCAGUGGGCUUUCUUUCCAAUCGUCAAAGAGCCAAUGUGGCUCUCACUCGAGCAAGGCAUUGCCUUUGGAUUUUGGGGAAUGGUGCUACUUUGAUUAAUAGCGGCAGUGUGUGGAAAAAAUUAGUUGUAGAUGCCAAGGCUCGGGGUUGUUUUUAUGAUGCGAAUGAUGACAAGAACUUAGCUCAAGCUGUUGGAGGCGCCUUAGUGGAGCUUAACCAACUUGAUACAUUACUCAUGCCCGGUUCUUUUCUGUUUAGUAAUACAAGGUGGAAGGUUUGCUUUGGCGAAGAUUUUAGGAAAUCCAUGACUGGAAUCAAGAACAUAGAGAUUCGUAAGAAAGUGCUUUCUCUCUUACAAAAUCUUUCGAGUGGCUUGCAUCAGAAUAAGAACAAAGUUCUAAACUUGAAUGGGACUUCUUCUCAACUGUUGGAGGUGCACCAGGUCAAUGAAUUUCUGAAUCUCAUAUGGAGCAUAGACAUUGUUAGGGAAAAUUCAAAAGACAUCCAGGUUAUAAAGGUUUGGGACAUUUUGCCAUCGGCCAAGAUACCUAAACUAGCAGAGCAUUUCGAUGACUUAUUUGGGAAUUAUACAGUUGACAAGAUGAACCACUGCAAAUGCAGAAGACUUGAAGGGAAUUUAGCGGUUCCAGUGACCUUGCCAGCCAACUCAAGUUCUGGUACGAAGGCUAAUCUGGCUAAUACUAAUCAUGUUCAGCAUUUACAAAGUCGAGUAGCUUCACUAAGUCUGAAGAAUACACCUGCGGGAUCAUUGUAUAAAAGGAAUUUAGCGGUUCCAACAACUUCGCCAGCCAACUCAAGUUCCGGUACGAAGGCUAAUCUGGCUGAUACUGAUCAUGUUCAGUUUUUACAAAGCACAGUAGCUUCUCUAAGUCUGAAAGAUACACCUGCGGGAUCAUCGUAUAGUAGGAAUUUAGCGGUUCCAGCGACUUCGCCAGCCAACUCAAGUUCUGGUACGAAGGCUAAUUUGGCUAAUACUGAUCAUGUUCAGUCUUUACAAAGUCGAGUGGCUUCACCAAGUCUGAAGGAUACACCUGCGGGAUCAUUGUAUAGUAGGAAUUUAGUGGUUCCACUGACUUUGCCAGCGAACUCAAGUUUUGGUAUGAAGGCUAAUCUGGCUGAUGCUGAUAAUGUUCAGUUUUUACAAAGCCCAGUAGCUUCACUAAGUCUGAAGGAUACACCUGCGGGAUCAUCAUAUAGUAGGAAUUUAGCGGUUCCAGCGACUUUGCCAGCCAACUCAAAUUCUAGUACGAAGGCUAAUCUGGCUAAUACUGAUCAUGUUCAGUUUUUACAAAGCCAAGUAGCUUCACUAAGUCUGAAGGAUACACCUGCGGGAUCAUCAUAUAAUAGGAAUUUAGCGUUUCCAGCGACUUCGCCAGCCAACUCAAGUUUUGGUACGAAGGCUAAUCUGGCUAAUACUGAUCAUGUUCAGUUUUUACAAAGCCGAGUAGCUUCACCAAGUUUGAAGGAUACACCUGCAGGAUCAUCAUAUAGUAGGAAUUUAGCAUUUCCAGCGACUUUGCCAACCAACUCAAGUUCUGGUACGAAGGCUAAUCUGGCUGAUGUUGAUCAUGUUCAGUUUUUACAAAGCCGAGUAGCUUCACCAAGUUUGAAGGAUACACCUGUGGGAUCAUCAUAUAGUAGGAAUUUAGCGGUUCCAGCGACAUGGCCAGCAAACUCAAGUUCUGGUACAAAGGCCAAUCUGGAUGAUGUUGAUCAUGUUCAAUUUUUACAAAACCAAGUAGCUUCACAAAGUCACCCCUGCGGGAUCUUAUAGUAGAGAUAGAAGAAAUGACAAAGAGGGAAGAAGCCGGCCAGAAAGGGAAUGGUGGAGAGAGAUAAAAGGAACGAACUCACGGCGGAGAGACUCAGUGAAGAAGAAAACUCUCUCUGUUCAACCAGGUUCCAUCUAACAUUGGUUCUUAUUGCAACAAUAUGCUGCUGGAUAAUAUUGGAUUGGGGUGGCAUUUUUGACUUGUAACAAUGAUCUAAUUUGCUUUAAUGUUCAUUUUGUUUGAUAAGGAUACACAUACUUUGUAAAGUUGCACUGGUUAUUGUUGGAUGUUCUGUGGAAUUGCACUAGUUAUAAUUGUUGGAUAUUUUGUGGA